AUGACAGUGUUCCGUGAAGGCCGAGCUACCGCCGGUCACCCGAACAGUGCCCCAGAAAUGUGGACCGCGUUUGCUCACAUUUGCUGGUCGAAGCUUCUUGUAGAUGCACUAUGCAGGCCCCGGCCUACUUUGGGUAUACUAUGGCUAUGGCAAUUGUACAUAACUCGGAGGUCAAGCCACCGCUGGCUAAAACAGCGCUCAUGA